AGAGACUACCAAGUAAAGUAGGCAUUCGAAAUAUCUACGAUUGUUUUUUAUCCAUAUGGAGUAGAAAGUGCGAGAUCACAAACUGAAAAACAUUCCUUCAAUUAGUUUCUCGUGAACUCGAUCGGUUGAACAUAGGUUGUGGUUUCAAACCAGGAGCAUACAAUUGGAGGCAAACAAAACAAUUUAGUUCAGAAUAUUGAAAAAACAGAUAUUUAAAAAAUGGACCAAAGAAAGGAGUGAGUUUCUGCGAGCAAGUAUAGAGUGUAUUUGUCGGCAGAUGCUUCAUAAUUGUCACGAAUACAAAAUAAAUUAUAUGAUAUCAUCAAGUCUUUUGAAGAAAAGAAAAGACUUUGAUGAAUCAUCAUAUUUAAAAUGAAUACGCGUGAGAAUAGAAACAAAAUUGGAUACUGUUCAUUCCAAGAAGGAAACGGCUUGAGGAAAAAAACAGAGAGUGAAGAAAGAAAUUAUACGCGAAAAGAUAAAAGAGAAGUCAGAAAAACAAUGACUUUGUUUUUGUGAGAAAAAAAAGCAUCACAUCAUAUCCUAAGUUAAAUAGAGCGAUCUCAUUUGAGUUCAUGAUAAAGGUGAAUAAACGAUGACUAUGAUGACAAAUCUACAAGCGACACGAAAUACGGUUCAUUUCAGAACAAUUCCAAGAAAACAAACCUCGGGAAAAAAAAUAGUAGAAGAAAAGCAGACAGUGCGUUUUUCAUCUCCUGCUUGUCGAUUUUCUUGGUGUGCGUGUGUUUUAUUCUUCCAUUCAUUCUGAAAAUGUAUAAAAUCAUUGUGAAAUUUAACGUUGAUGUAUUAAUAGAUGACUGCUAAGAAGAGAGGAAGCCCAACAUAUGAAAUAUGUGUGUUUUCAUCGAAUGAAAUGAUCGGUUUCGCUUCAGUGUUCUCGAUAUAAAAGAUUAAUCAUUGUCAUAGAAUGAACUACUACAACCAACCAACCAACCGACCAAACAGAAAAAAAAUCAAAUGCGCGAGAAAAACGAAUUUUCAUGAGUCUGUGUGGUUUUAUGUAGUAAAGUGUAACUAGUUUAUAUACUUCGGUUUUCUAUUUCAGCCAAACAGUUGCCAAUGAGUACACAGCGCACAUUUGUAAUGCGCUUCCGCACGAAUAACGAUUUUAUUCUUAGUGAACAUAUCAAGCAAAGAACACGCACGAUCUUGUGCCGCUGUUGAACCAUUUAAAUUUUUAUUUUGCAAACGAUCAGUGAAAUUUCUCAAGAAGUUUGAAGGUCUGAAAACAAUACAUUACGCCAAGUGAUUGAAUGAAAUCUCAAUUAAUUUCGAAUAUAAGUAAUAGAAAGAAAACAACACACAACCAAAGUACCGACGAAAUAAUUUUAUUUAUUAUUUCCAACAAUGUCUUAUUGUCGAAUAACCGGCAGAGCUCGCGGACUACCAAAGUCAAAUUAUUUUCCCUUACUACCGCCAAUUUCUCCAGCUGAUGCUCGUCGAUUUUGUCGUAUUACUGGAAGGGCUUACGGAUUACCCACACACUGCUAUAUACCAGUGAUUUUGACCGCAUUUUCCAAUAAAUCAAAGUGUAAAAUCACCAGCUCCGUUGGCCUUACACCACAUCAUUAUGAACCGGAGGAUUAUGAGUAUGGACGACGAAAGCAUAUUGUGCUUGGCGAUUAUCGAUAUUUGUUACCAAAACUGGACGAAAACAAUGAUCAGCAAAAGGGUCUCUUCGAAAUAUUAAACUCAAAAACAGUGCAAUGUGAUGAACAUUAUUUUAUCUAUGCCAUAAAAGAGCAAAAGUGUAAUUUGGUAUUCCCAGCAAAGCUGGAGGCGGCUGUACGGGAUGGUGAUGUGCGAGAUGUGAUGUUUGCCAAAACAAAUGACUCGGUACUUUUGUGCAUGAAUAAAGGGAAAAGUGUGUCAUUGGAUCUGCAAGAUUACGAAAUUGAUAGUGAGAAUUGUGCGGCUAAAAGAAACUUAUUCGAAGGAGAAGGCCCAACUUAUAAUGUACUAUUGGCUCGUGAAACCGAAGAGAAAUACCAGCACCAAGUGCGAACCAAGCGUAAAAAGAAUGGUCUACGGAAAAUUAAAACCAUUGAUGGCAGUGCUUGUACAACCGCUGAUAAUAAUUCACCCGGUAAUAAUAAUGAACAAAAUGGAAAUCUUGCUAAUGAUGCCCAAAUGGAUACUAAAAGCGAGCAUGCCAAUUGCAACGGAUGCGAAUCAGAAACGCAACACCCGGUCAACGAAAUGAACGAUACUGUGCAAAAGUAUGCAGAUCAAAACGGUUACAGUCAAAAAAGUUUAGAAUUGAACGAUACAAAUCUGUAUGAAUCGAUUCCGAAUCAAAGUGAAAUCUUGAAAAUAAUGCAAAAUUAUUCGAAAGGAACAGUUGUUUAUGAUCAUCCAUCAUCCAUUUCGGGAUUACCUACGUUGAAUAUUAAUAUUGGCACCGAUGAAGCGCCUAGAAAUGUGCUAAUUCUCGGCUGUAUCGUAAACACAUCGGAUGGCGAUGUCUUUGUAGCAGGUAGAACCGUUGUAACUGAGAACGCGUCUACAAUUUUCGAACCUGGAAUAUAUCUACAAAGCAAAAACGGACCAGCUUUUAUCCCUGGACAGAUAAUCCAGUGUGAAGAAGGUGAACGCUUUGUUCCGGGUCAAAUUAUUGAUACAGAAUUUGGGCCACGUUUUGUGCCCGGCAAAAUUUCUGAAGUUGAUGGCGAAGUGACAUUCAUUCCAGCACAAAUCGUCCAAACUGAUCAAGGUCCAAAAUUUAUUGCACCAGACCUUUGUGACGAUGAGAAUGGCGAGCGAAAAUAUUCGGUGCAGAGUUUCUUGUUUUCGCCCGAGGAAAUGACGCUGUUGAAACCGAUGCACAUUUGGACGAAAUCCGAUCAAAAUGUAGAUGGAAACAUGUUCAAUCAUUUGUCUGAAGCUGGCAUAGUAGUAGGAAGCCAAAUCGAGGUAUCGAAUGUGGACGUGAAUGUUCUCUUACAAAAUGCCAUAAAGGGGCAGACUAUAAAGAAAUUUGCAGAGCAUUUGGGAUUCACUGAUGCCAAGCAAUCAAGCGGUGCUCUUGAAAGUCUCUUCGAAACAGUCAAGACGUUCGUAAAAAUGAUGCAUCAAAAUCCGCAACGUAUUUUCAGUGUGGCACAACACGACAGCGUUUUGCGCAAUGAGAAUGGAAAUUCAAUGGUAAAUGGAAACACCCUUGGACAUGUUGUCAGCGAAAACAUCGAUCUGCCUUUAAUUGAUAUAAUAUCAAGAACUGUAAUCGAUUGUCUUUUUUCAUCAUCAAAUAGCGAUACGCUGACCGAUCCACAGUUACAAUCUAAAAACAACACUGACCCAUUGCUGUAUGAAGUUAUAAGCCAAGCGCUUAUGAAAAAUUUCAAACCAUUUCUUGAGAAUGCAGAUUCAAUCAAUGGGAUUACUGUUUGCUUCAACGAAAUUGAAAAAUUACUUUCUUCACCGGAAAGUAUGGCACAAAUCGAGAACAGUGUCAAGUUGUUAGCUUUGCGCGCUAUCAAAAUAAACAAAGUGGAUAUGAUUAAAGCGCUUUUGAUUAAUGAUGGAACAGACACUGAAACGGACGUUGAUAUUUUAGAAAGUAUCCGAAGCAUUAUGGAAAAUAAAACCGUAGAUGAGCUGUUCGAAUCUAUACAAAAUUUGAUUAAUGAACCGUCUUUGGUGACACAAAUCAUCAGUGAAGUGCAAAAGCAAAUAGACAAUUUUAUGGAUGAGAUCACCGUUGCAGAGACGCUGAGAAAAUGUAUUGUUUCAGCUGUUCAAAAUUUGACUGAGGACAAAAUAAAAAAGAUCACGCAAACGCACGACAAACAUUCGGCAGAAAAGUUGAAUACAUACUUAACCGAUACGUUAUCGUUGGCAAGAGCUCUAGGUUUCACUGAAUGCAUUCUGAAUUUGAGCAAUAUUUUGAACAGCAAUGGCGAUGACAUUAUUACUCAAUUAAAAGAGGACGAGAAGACAUACGAACUACUGCAACGGGUGGUUGUCAUGCAUAAAUUGUCGGAAAGUGAUGAAAUGCGGGCGAAAGCAAUACAAUCUCUGCGAACCGAUCCAUAUUCUUCGCGAACCAAUUUAGUUUUGAGAGAGUUAUUGCGAUGCAGUGGAAUUUGUACGAUAAACUUGGCAGAAGGUAAUAAACUCAAGGAUUCAAAUGACGUUCCGAUUUCAUUGAUUUAUUCCGGCAAUCCACUGGCGAUAGAAGAUUUUUUUAUGCACACACAAUCAAAGGCGAGUGGUCCCAUUCUUAUUGUUAAAGAUCGCUUCCAGGCAGUCGUUCCACGUGAAAAGAGCCGUGAUGUGAUGAUGGGAAAAUGUGCUUACAUAGUCCUCGAUGAAAAUGGUAUUCGCCAUUUUGAACCACUUCAUAUGUUCACUGCUCUUAAACUGAAGAAUAUCAAUAUGUUUGAGGAUCGCUUUUCUUCAUACUCGGAAAAUAAAACCGAUGAUAAAAUGAAAAAUGAUUGUGACAUUGAUAUCGAUAGUAUUUUGAAUGUGGGCGCAAUGGCAGCGUCGUCUAGCAACGGGUUUUUCGCAUAUAAAUCCACCAUAUUGCCAAAAAAAGAAAUUGACAGCCUGUAUAUUACACAACGACAUCCUUCGUCUCACGGGCUAUUUUUCAAUAGAAGCCAGGUAAACUACAGGCGAUCAUUUUAUCUUUGAAUUUUUCUUUCAAUUUCAAUAUAGUACUGUAUGUCUUUAUUUGCGUUAAUUAGUUAUAAGUGAUGUAAAGUAUGUAUGAAUUGAGAGAGGUAUUGAAAAAUAAAACAGUGAGUUUUCUUCAUUUAA